ACGGUGAUUUUUUAGUGCGUGGUUCGUGCAUGACAUGAUCUUGUAGGGGAGGAAUCCCAGCAGUUGGUGCCGGGCAUCCGACGGUGACGGCGCGCGGGCCCACACUGGCCGUGAGAUACGCGCAAGCGACGGCGGAGAUCUAUAUGAGCGCGAGCGAGGAGUUUAGGGCUCUUGGACGAGGAGGAGGAAUGGGGCUCUCUCUCCGCGACGAUGUGUUUGAGGCUGAUUGACAUGGAUGAUCAGGAAGGCGAGGGCGCGGUGUGAGAGAGGGGGAUUGGAAUACUCCUCUGUCGUGUUCUUGCAGUUGGAUUCUUUUCUUCCCUCUUCUUCGUCUUCUCCUCCAUUCUUUUCUGGCGAUGGCGCGCGAGAAUCCCUCGGAAUCGGCAUGGCUCGGCCGCUGCAGCUUCUCCCGCUCCGUCUGCCACCGGAUCGACGCUCGAAAUAUCCCCGAUCUUUGCUUCCCGCAUCAAAAGAUCGGCAAGCCGCCGCUGCGCUCCAGGUCUCACGAAGAAAUCCCGCUCGAAAUAUUCAAGAAGCGGCUGUUCAUCGAUUCCUCGUCGGAUUACUCCCUCCCCUCCAGCAACAGGAGCUCCCCCUUCGCAUCGCCCGCGAGAACCGUGGAGGAAUUCGUCCACGGGAACGCACCAGGGAGAGCUCUCGUCCCCAAGCGCGUGGAAUCGUGGUCGCAGUACCUGGAAGGGAUUGGCGAGGUCAAGGCGGUAGAGCGAUCGGAGGAAUGGGUAGUGGACAUGACGCAGCUGUUCUUGGGCCACAAAUUCGCGUCGGGAGCGCACAGCCGGCUCUAUCACGGGAUCUACAAAGGCAAGGCCGUGGCUGUCAAGGUGAUGAGGCAGCCGGACGAGGACGAGGAGGUGUCCCGGAUGGUGGAUAGGCAAUUCGCGCAUGAGGUCUCGCUGCUCUCGCGUCUCCAUCACCGUAACAUCGUCCAGUUCGUCGCGGCUUGCAAGAAGCCACCCGUGUACUGCGUCGUGACCGAGUACCUUGCGGGUGGCUCGCUGCGCGGAUUCCUCCACAAGAACGAGCCCAGCUCGCUGCCACUCAAGGUGACGCUGGGCAUGGCCAUGGACAUCGCGCGGGGGAUGGAGUACAUCCACUCGCAGCGCGUCAUCCACGGCGAUCUCAAGUCGGAGAACCUCGUCCUGGACGGCGAUAUGUGCGUCAAGAUCACGGACUUUGGCGUCGCGCGGUGCGAGGCGGACGCCCCCAGCGUCGGCAAGGCGGACGUGGGCACGUACCGCUGGAUGGCGCCCGAGAUGAUCAGCGGCAAGAACAAGUGCUCCACCAAAGUCGACGUUUACAGCUUCGGCAUCGUCCUGUGGGAGCUCGUCACCGGCCAAGUCCCCUUCCAAGAAAUGCAAGCCGUGCAAGUCGCGUACGCUGUUCUUCACAAGGACGCGCGGCCCGAGGUGCCCGAGAACUGUCCAAGCGCACUGGCCGCGCUGAUGCGAAGAUGCUGGUCCGCUAAUCCGGACAAGAGGCCCGGCUUCCCAGAGAUCGUCAAGACGUUGGAGCAGCUCGACGAUUCGUCCAGCAAGGCCAUGUCUUACAACACUUGGCACUGGCCCUCGGAGCGAACCAAGUCCUUCCUGGGAUGCUUCUCGCGCUGCAAGAAGUGUACGCCCGUCCGCUGCAACUGUAAGUGACACACCACCACUCCACAGGUCAGUCGAUCGAGAGGGACAGCGAGAAGAGGGGGGGUCGUCGCUUAGAGUUUAAAGAAACUUAGGAGUUGAGCCGAUGAUCGAUGCUUACUUGUAGUGAUCGGAUUGUUCAAGGUGGGGGGGAGGGGGGCGCUGCUUUCUUUGUUUUUACUUGUUUUUCUUGCGUAGCGUGCUAGAUCUCAUAUUGGUGGCCCCCCUGACGAUCGACACAAGAUGAUGAAGAAAGAACGUUUUUAUUUU